AUGAACAUCGACGGGUGUGCCACGGCUCAAGGCAUGCAGCUGGUCACCUCGACGCUCUACCGUACCGUCAGCCACUCACAGCAAAUCUCCGCAAUAGCUACAGUAAUCCUGACAGUACCUACAGUAUACCUUUUGUUACGAAAAUCGCCAUUCCAAAACUCGACACGGAUACUUCUUUUACUCGCUAUAUUCUUCGCCAAUUGCCUGGCGUUCGUUACGUUUGUCAUCGAGGUACGGUAGGAUUACGGUAGUUUUCUGGAAAUAUCAGAUGUCUUUUAUACAGAAAUGAAAAAAAGUUCGAAAACCCCCGAGUUCAGUCGAGAAAAGUGACAAAAAAAGCCUUCAACUUCAAAAAAUCAUAACUUGGCUCAAUCGUAACAUUUUUGAAAAUUUAAAAAUGAUUCUGAAAGCGGAAAGACUGCCCUAACGCACAGAUAUAAACUUUGAAAUCAUGAAAAUCAACUUUUCAGACCGAGGCAGUCUACCACAGCUACGCCUUUUCCGACAGCCCAUGCGAUAUCAUGUUCACCUCGACUCAAUGCAUUCCUCACACGUAUUUAUUAGUUUUCAGUUGUGCCGGGUUAAUUCUAACCACCUAUGCUUUAAGUGUGGACAGGUAGAUUUUUUCAGAGCCUUUUUUGAAGGAUAAAAAAAAUUACAGAGUAAUUUCCACACUAUUCCCUUUAUUUUAUCAAGCCUAUGGCGUUUCCUUUUGCGCUGUUCUGCUAUUGGGAACGGUAAGAUUUUUCAAGACUUGGAAAUUUCGGCCAGAAUUCUUAAAAAUCAAGUUAGAGACUACUUGAAUAUCCGAAAAACGGUCAGGCGAGUUUUCUGAAGCUUUUUGAUGCAAUUGAGCGAAACUCGUUUUGAGUCGGGCGCACUGAUCGUGAACUGCUCCCCGUCGCUUAGCCCUUCCCCAUGCGGCCAAAAAGUUUAACGUUCAGCGAAGACAUGCUUAAAAUAACAUUUUAAACCUUUACUGAAACUUACACGCAUUUUGAAUGGCUCGAUGCGUUGCGCUCGCGCUGCGGCUCAGCGCAAUAGUUCAAUUUUUGCUCCCGACUGUUUAGCCAUUCCCCAUGCGGCCACGAAGUUUAACGUUCAGCGAAGACAGGCUUAAAAUAACAUUUUAAACCUAUACUGUUAAAAUUGGACGCAUUUGGAAUGGCUUAAUGCGUCGCGGUCGCGUUGCGGCUCAGCAAUCAUUCAAUUUCCGCUCGUCGUCAUUUAGCCAUUCCCUAUGCGACCACAAAGUUUUUAUUUUGAAGCAAAUGAGCAUGAAGAAACAUUUAUAACCAUUACUGUUAAAAUUGGACAAAUUUGGACUGGCCUAACGCGUCGCGGUCGCGAUGCGGCUCAGCAAUAAUUCAAUGUUUCGAUUUUCGACGCUGAAAAGUGUUCUGAACAUCUCUUCCAAGAAAAUUUGUUUUCAAAUUCCGAAAACUUCAUAUCCAUUUUCAGGUAUCCUACUCAGCAAUCUGUACCAAUUCUCUGGUGAAUCCCAACGCCGAAACGGAAACUUUCAUUCGCUGUGCCGACGUCCCGAGUUACAUGUCCAAAGGGCUUUUUUCUGUCAUCAGCCUGAACGCCUUCGUACUUAUCAUCUGUGUAUUCAUCACUAUUUUCAUCAUGUUUCUCAACAAGAGGCUUGAGAAGAGGUGGGAAUUUUUUUAAAUGAAAACAAAGCAAAAAUCUGAUAACAUAACUUAUCCACGUCUUGGAGCGUUUUUUUCGUGUAAAUCCUUUUUUUUCGGGUUCUUGAUAGCUUCAGCCUUUCAAAAAGGUCUUUUUUCCCCUGAAAACUUACGAAAGGAUUUUUAAACUUAUUCAAACGCUUGAUAGUUUGAAAAACUGAAAAAAUCCGCACUUUAAAGAUUUUGAAUCUCUUUUUGAUCUUCUAGUUGAAAUUUCACUUAUCAAAACCCUGAUAAGGUAAAUGGAUCACUUCGAAAAAAAUUUGAAACCUUAAAAAAAUUGAAAACAACUCUUUAAAAGAUAGACAGAACACUUUAGAGCCUAUGAAAUUACUCAAAAGCCUAUAAUUUUUCUAUAAACUGUUAUAUAAAAACUUUUUUUAUGUCUGGUAAUGUUUUUUUCAAAGCUUCUAGUAGCUCCCUAAAAAGUCCCCUACAAGCCCCCAGAAGCCUGAAAAUCGUCUUUUUCGAGUUUUUCAGGGAACUUUUUGAGCGUUUCAGAAGCUAGUGUAACCCCAAGAGGCCCAGAAAACCAUCAAAAAAAUUCUGACAUAUUUUGAAACUUUUUAAAGUUGAAAAAAAGGCCUGUAGAGACUCUUAUAACCCUUGAAAACGGAAAAUCAGACCCUAAAAACCUGAAAAGUCAAAAUUUAUACUCAAAAUACUUUUAAAAAGCCUGUAGAGACGUCUAGAGCCCUUGAAAAAACUGUCAUUCAGCCUCUAAACUCUGAAAAACUGUCCAAAACCAAUCUUCAGAAUCCGUUUCGACGUCACGAUCCGGUACCGUCAACGAGAAGCCCUACUAACUUCCCAGGUCGUCUGUUGGAUAACCCUAGUCCUUUUCUUCGGAAUCUUCAUCUACAUUUGUGGGGGCCUGAUAUUCCGGAUUUUCGGCAAGAAUUACUGUCCAGUCACUGUAUCUCUAAUCUACAGGGUUCUUUAUGUAAGAUUUUCCUAUGAAAUUUCUGAAUUUUUUUUGAAUUUUCAGACCCUACCGUACGCGGCCACGGCAACACCAGCCUUGAUCUUAUUCGGUCUGAGUUAUGUCAAAUGGAGAAGGAAAAAUAUCAUAAAAGAUCUGACGACGGCCCAAGAAACGACUGGAAGUCGGAUGAAUGAACUGACCCUUCAGUGGGAAGCGUCGUUUAAGAAAAAAGCUUGUCAAUCUUGA